UCACAAUUAUAAGUAAGUACACGGAUAUACAUUGAAAUAUUUUCAAAUGCAGCCAUAAAGGUAAAACAACUUUUAGAUAAGCGAUUGUAUCGAUUUUAAAAUGGUUGGAACAAUGAGAAAUGUACUUCCAUUAGGCUGUCCGUAAAAGGCAUAUCUAGCGAACGUCUCUAAAAGUAUUAAUCUUAAUGAUCACAGUAUGGCGCAGAUACCGUCAAGUGCGGGACAUUAUAACAGUAGAGGGAAGCAUGUAACUAAACCAUUUGCAAAAGGUGUAGGCUCAGAUAAUAUUCAGCUAGAGUGGGAAUCCGAAAAUGAACUCGAACAGGGUCACUGCUUUGAGAUUUACUAUAAAAUACACAACGAGGGAAGAUGGGUUCAAUAUCUGUCGGAAACACCAUGUAAAUUGACGAGAAUCUUGAUAGAAAACCUACAACCACUGACCAGUUAUAUUUUUAAGAUAAAGAUAGUCAGCGAAAAAACAGAGUUUGAAGGUCCAUCUAGUCUACUGAGCGACAUUAUCACCACAAAGGAAUCGGCUAUAAACGAUUUGUUGAGUACAACAAAAUUGAUUAGUGAAAACCCAACAAACCAGUACCAAUUACCACUAACAGAAAACAAAGAAGCAAGGAAUGAACUUUUUAAAACAAGAAAAUAUUGUAUAGGAGAAGAUACAGCUUCUGUUAUAGACCAAACAAUCUUAUUAGUUGGAGCCACAGGCUCUGGUAAAACAACGUUGGUAAAUGCUAUGGUAAACCACAUUGCUGGUGUGAGAUGGGAAGACAGUGCUCGCUUAGUUUUAAUUCCACCAGGAAAAGAGAUUACUGAUGGGAAAUCACAGGCGGUUUCACAAACACGAUGGGUAACUUGUUAUAAGAUUCACCCAAGUCAAGGAACUCCAAGUUAUAUUAAACAUGCCAUUAAUUUAGUUGAUACUCCCGGCUUUGGUCAUACAGGCGGUAUCAAGUACGACAAAGAAAUAGUAAAUCAAAUUGAAAAUCUAUUCAAAGGCAGAGACGAAAGGGGAGUACGUUUUGUUGAUGCUAUAUGCUUUGUCGUGAAAGCUCCGGAUGCAAGGCUAACCAGUAGCCAGAGAUAUAUUUUUACAUCAAUUCUUUCAUUGUUCGGAAACGACAUAAGAGAAAAUAUAUGUACGGUGAUAACAUUUGCAGAUGGUCAGACCCCCCCUGUCGUUGAAGCCCUGAAAGAUCUGGACGAAAAAGCUAUACCUUACGAAUCAUAUUUCACAGUAAAUAAUUCAGCAUUAUAUGUUGAAAAUACAUCUGACCAUUUUCACUGUCAAACGUCCAAAAUAUUUUGGGACUUAGGACGGAAAAGUAUGCAAAGGUUUUUCGAACAUGUCCAGAAUUUACGAACAAAAAGUUUGACAUUAUCUACCGAGGUUCUGAUUAUGCGCAGGUCAGUUGAUGCUCUUAUUCAACAAAUGCAAAAUACAAUAGAGCGCGGUUUGGGAAGAAUUGACGCAAUACAGCAAGAAAUUGAUAUCUAUGAAGUUCAAAGAAAAAAAUUUAGGGAGAAUGUAGAUUUCACCUAUGAAAUUGAAGAAAUUGAAGUUCAAAAGAUCGAUACGACAGAAAAAGGGGAAUACAGUAUGAACUGCACGAGAUGCAAAUAUUCAUGUCAUGAAAACUGCACCUGCAACACAGGCAAAUAUCAGUGCAUAGCCAUGGAAGACGACGGGACCUGUAAACACUGUCCUUUUGGAUGUGAUAUAAUGUAUCACGAAAAAGCAACAUAUCAUUUCCGGAACCUUAUUAGCAAAUGCACCAAGACUUAUAAUGAUAAAAAGCGCUCGUAUAAAGAUGCGACGAAAGGUAUACAAAAUCAGAUCGAUAUCAUCUCUAAAAUGCAUUCAGAAAUUAGCGAAGCAGAAGAAACUCUUUCUAUGUGUUUGCCAGUAGUUACCCAUCGAAUCAAUAAACUGAAGCUGAUGGCGUUAUUGAAAAAUCCAAUGUCAGUAGAGGACUAUUUAGAAAUGCUUAUACAAAAAGAGAGAUUAACUAAAAAAAUGGGUUUUGACAGACGCAUUGCUAUUCUCGAACGACAAAAACAGCAAGCAAAAUUAAAAUCAACCACAAAAGAAAAUGUAGAUGCAUUUAAAACUGAACUUGAGGUUGUUCGUAAAAGAAUUCGUAAGUUGCAUCUGUAGGACAUAUACUUUAGGGUUAAGUCUGUGACAUCAAUAUGAGUGUAUUUUUCAAAUAAUAAAAAGACAUAGGGGCCAGCUGAAGGAUGCCUCCGGGUGCGGGAAUUUCUCGCUGCAUUGAAGACCUGUUGGUGACCUUCUGCUGUUGUCUGUUCUGUGGUCGGGUUGUUGUCUCUUUGACACAUUCCCCAUUUCCAUUCUCAAUUUUAUAGAUGUCCUGGAAUCAUUGAAGUAAUCCUAUAUUUAGUUAUUUUAGAGGAAAUUAUGGUUAAAGAAUACCAUUUUACCCAGACUCUCAUAAAAUCAUGUUUUAAUUGAACAUUCAACUUUAUUUGAAAUGCUAAACAUCUCGUUGUAAUAUUGUAAUAUAACAUUAACAUAUUCUUAUGUUAAAAACAUUUCAUGAAAAAAUAAUAAGAUAAGAUCAAGGAAAGUUAUUUUGACAUUUAAACAGAGUGAAUGUACAUUUUAUGUGAAGUAUUUUAUUAUCUAAGACCUUUUUGCGUAAUGUUUUGACUUAUAAUAUUACAUACAUAGGUUCGGUAGAACUGAAUGUGGAUUGUGUGUUCCUGAGAAUACACUGCACAAAGUGCAAACAUUACAUGACAUGACUAAACGAUACAUUUUUAUUACAAUUGUUUACUUUAUUACCUAUGCAGCUGCAUUAAAAUAAUUAAAUCUAGAAUUUUAAAUAAAACUCAGGACAUUAUUAAUUUGACCAUAGGAUUUCUGAAAAGGCGACAGGGUCCAUGAUAAUGAUGAUAUAAACGACGUUUUUAUUGUUUCAUAUGAUUUAGUUAGCUGAAUUAUGCUAAAUCAGCUUUUGAAAAUAUCACAUCUUCUUUUUAUAUUUGAUUUGUUUCAUUUGUAUUUCACACUAUCUAUAUUCAAUAUUUGUCAUAUUUGUAAUAAUUGUAUAUAAACUGCAUCGUUUUGUAAAUAUAAAACACCCGACAAAUAAUUAAAAAAAAUAUCCCUUUCCUUUUUAAUGUUUUAUCCCUCAAUUCCUGUACCCUAAACAGAUACCAAUUAAAAUUAAUAAGCAGCUCAUUUCAACUAUUAGUGUAUGGAAAUUACACUUUGUAAAUUCCUUGCUUCUGAUGUGUUUCUAUGCCUUUUUUGUUUUUCUUUGUUGACAAAUUUGUUUGUAUUUAUAGUGAUUAAGAUUAUAACACGAUGUUGACUUCUGUACCCCUACAUUUGACAUUUUUAUCUAUUAUGUUUGUUUGUUUGUAUUGUUCACACAUCGUUGUCAAUAAAAUGGAAUUUUAUGCGACUGUCAUACAAGUGAUAGGUUUAGCUAGCUAUAAAACCAGGUUUAAUCCAACAUUUUCAACAUCAGAAAAUGCCUGUACCAAGUCAGGAAUAUGACAGUUGUUAUCCAUUCGUUUGAUGUGUUUAAGC